UGAGUGUGUAUUCAUUUAGAAAAGGGGGUAGAAACCCAGUCAGCUAACAUUGAGAAGAAAAGGAAAACAAAAAGAAAAAGAAAAAAAAACUAACAACCCUGCCUAUCUCCAAAUUUGAGCCCCUCCCCUCAGCAUGUGAGCUGUAAAGAGAAUGACACAUGUGCUGUUUCCUUUCCCAGUUGUCGAAGGGUCAGGAACCAGACAAGAACAAGAGGAGACUUCUCCAGGAGACUCCUGCUAUUUUCUGAUCCUUCCAGCUGUUCUGCUCAAUCUCCCAAGCCUUCCCUGAGCCAGCCGAGACCAGUGGCCCAAGGCGCUCUGGAGUCUGUCAGUUAUGAGUAACACAAACACUACAGCAGUCAAUGACGCAAGAGACACCAUUCCAGAGAAUGACAUCAUCAUCAUUGCAGUUGUGAUUGCUGCUGUGGCCUUUGUCCUCAUCUGCCUCCUGCUUGUAAUUCUGCAUUACAUGUUCCGGCACAAGGGCACCUACCACACAAAUGAAGAAGGCACAGAGUUUGCAGAGAGCGCCGAAGAAGCCCUGAAAAACGACCCUACCCUUCAGGAUCCUGGAGAUGAAAGCAAAAAAGAAUAUUUUAUUUAAGAAAAAGGAAUCAUUCCCCCUACCAAAAGAAAAAAAAAUGUUGGCCACACAGAGACUUUCUUAGGGCUCCCCCAUUCCGGAGGAUAUACCUCACAACACUACAUCUGGGAAAGAGGAGAGCCCCAAUGCUAUGGCUAUUUUGAGCAGAAGGUGUUAGCUGCCAGCACCCCCAUUUCAAGGCCAUUUUCUUUUUCAGGGAGAACUGAAUGCCAGAUUGGGGGUUAUUGAUUUCAUUUGCAAUACAGAUGGUCACCAUUAAAUUCAAUGUCAUGGGAGCAGGGGCAUGGGGUAGGGGAGGGAGUGGAAUGGGAAAUUUAAUCAUUAAUAUAGUGACAGGGCAUAAUGAUAUCAAAUGUCAGUCCUUGACAUUUAGGGAAAACAACAGGUGCCAAUGCAAAAAAGGAUACCUUAAUAGCAGAGGAUGCGCAUGUCCUGUUGAUAUAUAGCAGAGCUAUUGGAAAUAAAUUUUAAAUGGUAACAGAACAUUCUGAACUAGAUAACAUUGUGAUUAUGUGGAAAAAACAGAAAACAUGGCACAGCGCCCUGUCAGGGACUUUCUCAUCUGUCUUGUGUAUAUUUCUUAUUUUUAACUAUAUGGGUGGGUCUGUUUCCAUUUUAGAUAUUUACAAAGCCUAGUAUAUUCUGCCAACAGCAUGGAACAGAAAUUUAGAAAACUGAUCCCUCAAAAGAAAAAAAAAGGCAGGGUAGGGGGAUUGUCUGGACUCAUGUAGUCUCUUGAGAGAAGGAAGCUACUGGUAUAUGAUAGUCACAAACCACCAGGGUGAAUCUAUGGUGAAUCCUGGCUGAGCAUUCAUAGGUUACCUUUCAUAUUGUCUCAAAGAGUUUUCCUGGAGCAAUGGAAGGUUGAGUAAUUUGUCUAUGGUAACACAGCUACUAUGUCUCAGAGGAAGGAAUUCCUGUCUUCAAGGUUGGACCUUUAUAUCUUAUGCCACACAAACUUUCAAAUGUUGUCACAGAUGUACAAUCUCAGGACUUCCAAGGUCUCUGAUUUCAUCAGUGUGAGAUCAUGGAUUCUCUAUGCCUUAGAAGCUAGGUUGUAUAAAUUGUCCUGACCCAAAUAAUUCAUUACUCAAGGCCAAACUUCAGUUAUUUGUGUUAGGAAAAUUCUCUCCUCUCUCUCUCUCUCUCUCUCUCUCUCUCUCUCUCUCUCUCUCUCUCUCUGUGUCU